AACAGCUUACUUAUAUCCAGCAACGGCACAUAUAAAGCCAUCGCCCACAGAGCAGCCCUCAUCAAUCUCUCACAUCGUAUACUUCAUCUAGGCUCAUCAUGGUUGCUGAGAUAUCCACCAAGAUACACCUCAACGAGUACACCAGCGAUCCCAGCAAGCUCACUGUCAUUGAUUUCACUGCUAGUUGGUGCCCCCCUUGCCAGGCCAUUAAGCCGGUUUUUGAGGACCUCGCAAAGAACAACACCCAUGUGAACUUCAUCAAGGUUGACCUCUCCGAGGGAACGAACGAACUCGCCGCUAGCUACUCCGUCACUGCCAUGCCGACCUUCAUCUUCCUAGUAGGCGGUGAUGAAGUGCACAGGAUCCGUGGCGCUAACCCAAGUGGCCUCAAAUCAGCUAUCACCCAGUACGCCAAACCCGCACCUUCUGGUGCAUUCUCUGGGCAAGGCCGUACCCUUUCGGGUAAAGGUGGUUCUUCAUCGUCCGGUUCUACUUACAAUGCGUCAAACAGCUUAACUACCACGUGGUCGAACAUGAACCCUCAAGCGAAAGUUUUAAUUGUACUUUGUGUGGCAUAUGCAUUUUUUUGGCUGAUAUAGAAAAGACCGAGUUUGUAGGAUCAGGUUGUACGCUGGUGUACUACGUACGGAUACGAUAAAUUCAAUCUUCAUCGGAUUUGAUCCCGACCCAUAGGGGAGCCAAACCCCCAGACUUU